AUGAAGUUGUCAAACAAUGCUGUUAUAGCAUCAAUAUUGUUGAUGCUGUUGUGCAUUGCAAAUCAACAUGCAUAUGCUAUAUUCGAGGAGCAGAUAGGUGUCAGAGACUGGAGACUAACAAAUAUUGGAUUAGUAAAGGCUGCUCAUAUUGUCAAAUCACUAAAUCAACCAUCUAUACUCAUUCAAUCGACUGUACCUUCAACAUUGGAAUCAGGUGUCAAUACCCAGGUUCUGAGUUUAUUACAUUUGGAGACUGGUUCAUUGUUAUGGAGACAGAUCUUACCAGCACAGGAGAGGUCAUUGGAGUCUGUGACAUUGGACAAGACAUCAAACUCAUUCAUAACAGUGUCUGGUGGCAAUGUGGUUAGGCUGUGGAGCAUGGCCAAGGGAUCGUUGCUAUGGACAAAUACCCUGACGAAUGAGGAUGGUGCCAAUGUCCAGUGUACCCAGGCGUCCUUUAGCGACAAGGACCUUGACGUACACGUUAUUUGUCAACAGCGUCAUUACAAACUAUCGCCCAAGACUGGAUCGGUACAGACCGUGUCACGACUAAAGGGUGCCAACAACGACCUGGUGAUGCUGUCGUACAACAAUGGCAAGCUAUACUCUGUGACAAAGAACGACCUGAUCGUCAGUGCCGGCGCCAUCGAGAGGUCAACCUCCUUGAACACCAACAAUGGCCACGUCAGCUCUAAAUUCCUUCUCUCCGAUAGUCUGUUGGUAUUGUUGAGUACAUCUGGCAAGACACAUACCCUACACGUUGGUUCGGUGGCUGGGGAAUCAAUCAACCUCGUCAGUCACACAGUGUCCACCACGACUGCAGUUGAUGAUGGUGACGUUGAACUGAUAUCAACAUACAGUGACAAUCGGUUUGCCAUCAGAGUGAACAAUGUAGUGGAGCUCUAUCAACUUGUUGACAAUGACAAGGUGAUCUCGAUCGGAUCGUACAAUGGUGCAGCGGCAUCAUCAACCUCAACCUAUGCUCUGUGCUCCGCCGCGGCGACAUCAGGAGACAACUAUACAAUCAACGAACCAUCGACCAAGACCACAACAGCCACAACACUCAACGCCAAGUCAAAUGGCGAGCCAAGACUAUUGUUCGUCAAUGAUAAGUACUCGGUGGUUGUCACUGCUGAUUGGUCUGUCACAGCCUACAAGGGUGCACAGUUGCUCUGGACCAGAGAGGAGUCAUUGGCUGCCAUCGUCCAGUCCGAGAUACUGGAUGCACCGGUCGACGCCUCAACACUGUCACAGUUGGAGUAUGAGUUUGAGGAGACUGCAAAGGAUUCGAUGCUCAACCAUAUCUACCGUCGUUUGGAGACUCAGUUAAUGUCCCUGAUCCGAAGCGAACCAUCGUCGACCGCCCAGACCGAUGCCGACCGCGAUGCAAGGUUCACAGCCACCUGGAACAGAGACGUUGACAAGUUGUUGCUGGUCGCCACAAAGGCUGGCAAGGUAUUCUGUCUGCACACUAGUGAGAGAGGUGCCAUCACCUGGUCUCUCUACUAUCCAACAUCCAGUGUUGGACACUCUAUCCAACUGUUUAUCACUGGUAGACAUCUCCCAGACUUGGAGGCAGUGGUCGUAUACUCUGGCGUGGACAAGAGAUCGUUUGUCAGCACAGUCGAUAUAUUGAAGGGCGCAGAGACCUCAAACAAGGCCUAUCAACAGGAAAUACUUCACUCCUCUGUCAUCCCUUACAGACAUCUUUUAUCGUUGGACGAGGCCUCUGCCUCCAAUGACACGACAAAGGCAGCGCUACCCGAGAACCUGUUCAUGGCCGUGAUCAACUAUCCCCAAGGACAACCACCAAUGGCCAUGGUACGACCAUGGACAUCGGCCAUACGCUCAAACUGGGAGCUGUUGAAGCACGUCCACUUCUACCUGGCCGACAAGGCCUCAAGCGUGAUCAGAGGCUACUCGAUCGAGAGCAUAGCCGAUGGCAAGGGAGGUGGCUUCAAGACCAACGAGAACUGGGUCGUCAACUUUGGAGCCAGUCAGAGGAUCGUCACAAUUGCCAGCUCAAAUCCCCACGAGGUGAUUGGAUCGCCCGCCUUUGUCCUGGGCAAUCGUAACCUGUUGCCAAAGUAUAUCAACAAGAACUUGAUAUCGGUGGCCUGCAUGGACAGCAAGACACAGUUCCUCUCGAUCUAUCUCAUCGACUCAGUGUCUGGUGAGAUCAUCAAGCAAUUCGUCAAUCGCAAUGCUGGUGGCAAGGUAUCAAUCGUCCACAUUGAGAACAGUGUCAUCUACUCCUUCUUUGAUGUAUCACUACACAAACAAAUCAUUGCCAGUAUCGAUAUAUUUGAAGGUUCAGUCGAUUGGAAGAAGACUGUAUUCUCAUCAUAUGAUUCGAACCAAGACUUGAUCAUCCUUCAAAAGACAUUCGUUUUCCCAUUCAUCAUUCAAACACUGUCAGAGUCCAUAUCAAAGAAGGGUAUCACUUCAAAGUUUGUUCUGGUUGGUCUUGCAUCUGGACAGAUAUUACCAAUUGAUAAGAAAUGGAUUGAUUCAAGAAGACCUUACCCAUCUGAGGCGUCACCAUUUGAUCAAGAGGAGGGCCUUAUCCCAUACUCACCCAAUCUCAACUUCCCUCACUUCUUAUAUAUCACGUACAACACUACUAUUCCAAUGUUACAAUCGAUAUCAACACAGGGAACAUUCAAAGAGUCAACAUCACUUGUUGUGGCCAAUGGCAUUGACUUGUUCUGUGCAUUGAUAUCACCUUCCAGCGCAUACGAUGUCCUAACAGAGAGUUUUGAUCACUUUGCUCUCAUUGGCACCACAUUGUUGUUGGCUGGUUUGACCUACAUCACAUCCAAGCUCAAGAAGAACAGACUGCUCACAAGGAAAUGGAAAUAG